AUGAUGGAAAACCAUGCCGAUCAUAUGGGCCAUGGUCACGGGCACCGACCGGCGCCAGAUUCUGGGGCUGGCCGACAGUUGAUGAUGCCGCCUUUCCCAAGCCUUCCUCCGCAACCUCAGUACCCAGCUUCAGAUAUUCCCAGACGAUCAGUGGCCGAUGGGACAGCAAUGCCCCUGCAGACAUCCCCAAUAAAUAUGCAUGGCGGCUCAUCUCCUGAGUCGCAUGCUGGGGGAACUGGCUAUACGUGGGGUAAUCACGACUCUUGGGCUGGUCGAUCACCUCAGCAGUACGGCAAUAGGACACCGGGUGGACUCAAUCAGGGCGGCUUCUUCUUCCAAAACAUGAAUACGAUGCCCUCGACGACAGCACACAGCAUCUCCCCGAUCACGGCUACGACACCAGGUGACACGCUGCCAUCUUUCCAUUCCUCUCCCGCAACGAGCAUGUCACAUCUUUCCAUUGACCAAGCCACGAGCAACGGCAGCAGCAAUGGGAUAUUGCCACCAUUUCGCCAGAAUUCCUCAAGCUACACGCCACGUCCAACGCCACCACUUGGUCGAUCGUCUUCGUUUCCCAGCCCUGCAGGGACAGUGCCCCCUUACGUUCCAGGAAUCUCCUCGAUGCUGCCCAUGUCAACAAUGGCCUCGUCGACGCGUCCAGGUCUGGCAGCCCCGAUUUCCCCCCUGGGUAGCUCAGGGCCUCCGGGACCACCGCCGCCUCCCGGCCCGGGAAGACUGUCUCCGUACUCGUCUGGGCCUCAGCAACAAUAUAUGCACAAUUUAGGCAAUCCGGGGCAACCCAUGGCCCUUGUAUCGCAUUACUCGCCAGCGGCAGCGGCAGCAGCCUACGGUGGCCAUUUUAGCGGCAUGAUGUUUCAGUCGCAACAACGGCAGCCGGACAAACCACAUCAGUGCGACCAGUGCCCGACGGCGUUUACGAGAAAUCAUGACCUCAAGAGGCACAAGAGGAUACAUUGGGCAGUCAAGCCGUUUCCAUGUGACGGGUGCGAGAAAGCCUUUUCCAGGAAAGAUGCUUUGAAGAGACAUAAGCUUGUUAAAUGCUGUGGAAAGGAUGGGAAAGACAAGAGGGACGGAAGCCCAUCAUCAACGGAGAGCCAGGGCAAUGGCGGGGACCUGUCACCGAAGGAAUCGAAGAGGUAG